AUGAGCAGAAAGCAGAAUCGCAUAACUGAUAUGCAGAUUUUUUAUUGGGCAAGAACAAAUCAGAAAGAUCGUUAUACAGCAUUUAAUGAUUGGUUCGCUUCACUUGGGGAACCAAUUGAGAAUGAUGAACCUAGAAGGACAUUUCUUCUUGCUACAAAAAAGAAGAAAAAUAGUAAAAACUCUCAUUAUGUUAUUACUACUACACGACUUGACUCCGCUACAUCAUCGAAAAAAAUUGUUGGGAAAGUUAGGUCAAAUUUUUUAGGUACAGCUUUUGUUAUGUAUUCAAACGGACGUAGUCCAUUUAAACGUGAACCUGAAUUAUCAGAUAUGCAAAUUAGAGAAGAAUUAGGUGCUGUGGUUUACGAUCCAAACAUUCUUGGAUUUAAAGGUCCACGUAAAAUGACUGUAUUAUUGUUGGGAAUGACCAAAAAUGGUGAAAGACCAGAAUUUCGACCUACUACUGAAUCACAAACAUUGAUUGGAAAAUUCAAGAACGGAGAUCAUCGAGAUAUAUUAAUCUUGCAUAAUAAGUCACCUCAAUGGAACGAAGAGACACAAUCAUAUGUUUUAAAUUUCAAUGGUCGAGUAACUAUGGCUUCCGUCAAGAACUUUCAAAUAGUGCACGACAAUGAUUUGGACUAUAUUAUAAUGCAAUUUGGUCGUGUGACUGAAGAAACCUUCACAAUGGAUUUUAUGUAUCCAAUGUGCCCACUUCAAGCUUUUUCCAUUGCAUUAACAAGUUUUGACGCUAAAUUGGCAU